AUGGCUACAUCUACAGCCACGGAAACUCUUCACACCACCGAGGACAUUCCAUUGGAAGUUUUCCCUCCCCAAGCAGUCUUCAAAGGCGGCCGUGUCUCUGAGAAGCCGUUUGAAAAUGCUCCGAUUCUUGAGCCUGCACUCACACGCGAGGCUUCGACCCCUCCGGAAGAUGCCUUUGAGGCAAAGGAGAAAUGGAACUCGCCACCUAUCAACAGAUAUCGCGUCUUUUCCACCUUUUGGUCGUUUUUUGUCUUGGGAAUGAAUGAUGGCUCGUAUGGUGCUCUAGUUCCUCAGUUGGAAAAACAUUACAACAUCACCUACACCGUUGUGUCGCUCAUCUUCCUGUCGCCAUUCGCCGGAUACACCAUGGCGGCCUUUGUCAACAGUCCCCUGCACGUCCGUCUCGGCCAACGAGGUGUAGGCAUAAUCGCCCCGAUGUUCCGUCUGUUUCCCUAUCUCGUUAUUUCCUUUCACCCACCUUUUCCCGUCCUCAUUGUCAUGUAUAUCCUUGUUGGUUUCGGCAAUGGCCUUGUGGAUGCUGCUUGGAGCGCCUGGAUUGGCAACAUGGCCAAUUCACAUGAAGUGUCGGGCGUCUUGCAGGCCUUUUAUGCUUUGGGAGCGACGAUUGCUCCCCUGAUUGCCACAAGUAUUAGUUCGCGGGGACACGGCGGCUGGUGGACAUUCUAUUACAUCAUGGUCAGCGCCUCGUUACUCGAAUUUGGCGCAUCCACCUCGACGUUCUGGACCCAGACAGGCGCUGUAUACCUGAGCGAGAAUCCUCACCAAAAGGCUGGCGAAAAUACCACAUCCGGACGAACGAGAGAAGCGCUCAAGAGCAAGCUCACUUGGUUCUUUUCUCUGUUCAUCUUCUUGUAUGUCGGUACCGAGGUUUCCAUUGGUGGCUGGAUUGUCGUCUUUAUGACAAAGGUCCGUGGCGCCUCUACACUUGCCGGUAGUGCCACGGCGACUGGAUUCUGGGGCGGCAUGACUGUAGGAAGACUUGUCUUGGGAUUUGUGACGUCUCGGCUGGGUGGCUUCCGGGCUAUGCUCUUGUAUCUCGGGCUGUCUAUUGUCUUUGAACUGAUUUUCUGGCUUGUGCCCAAUAUGGUGGUUACUGCCGUGGCAUCUGCGUUGCUGGGCAUGAUUUUGGGACCCAUCUAUCCUACAGCGGUGGUGCUCAUGACUACCGUCUUGCCACGCUCUCUCCACAUCAGCGCCAUUGGAUUCGCGACGGCCGUUGGAGGCUCUGGCUCAGCUGCUCUGCCUUUUGCCGUCGGUGCCAUUGCGCAAGCAAAGGGCGUCAAGACACUGCAGCCCAUCGUUUGCGCAUGCUGUGUUGUGAUGCUGACGGUGUGGCUGUUCCUGCAGCAGCAUCGACCGAAGGAUAAGGAGGAAGGCUUUAGCAUGGCCAUCUUUAAGCGCAUGCGUGACCGGAUCAAGAAGAUGAUUCACUAA